AUGCCUUCUGUUCUCGGGUUGACCACCGAUCCUUCCCCUCAUGGGCCCGGCGCCGAGCAGCGCCAGAAGAAGAAGAAGCCCCAGUUGCAGGGCGCCGCCGAAGACGUCGACAACAAGCAACUAGCCCGCCGCGAAAAGUCCACCGGCGAACGGAAAGCCUCCUCGUCGCAGUCCCCCCCGGCCCCCGAGGAGAAGAAGAAGAAGAACAAGAACAAGAAGAAGAAGGAAAAGAAGGAGAAGACCGGCACGCAGAUGCGCCACUACUCGUCCGACGAGGAGGAGUCCUCGGACGAAGAGGGCCCCCUCAACACCAUCAAGCUGCGCAACCACGCGAAGGCCAUCGAGAUGGAGACGCUGCUCUGGGGCGCCCUCUGCCACAAGCCCAAGAGCGCCCUCAAGUACAUCGGUAAGGGCGCCAUCAUGUGCAACCCCAUUGUCUUUGGCGACACCGAGGUCUACUCGGAGCGCUCCGAGCCCACUCUCAAGGAGAUGCUGAAGGAGCACGCCGACCCGCCCCUGAGCUUCAAGAUGCACAAACCCCACGUCUGCGAGGUCGGCCUGAUGGCCAUGUCCAUCUGCUGCGACGUCACCUUCUUCCGCAUGGGCGAGGACAACGUCCUCGAGGCCGAGGAGUGCAGGAUCUCCUCCAGCUGGAGACAGUGCGCGAGCGGAGACUGGGAGAUGGGCAGCUGCAUGGCCGGAUGGCAGGACUAG